GUUCCUAUCUGGUCCUCUUGCCACAAAGUGACAGAUCAACUAUAAAUAAAUAUAUUAACCAUACGCUCUGAUUUAAUUUACAUAUAUAAAGUCCCUGAUCAAACUUAAAUCAAAACCCAUCUUGCUUUUGUUGACCUUCCUCUUCUCCUUUCAUGCUUGUGCAUCAUGAAAAACUUUGCAGCAUCACUAUUACUUGUGAUAAUUUCUUUUGUGAUAAUUUCUUUUCUGUUAAACAAUGGAAUUAAGGCAUCAACACAUAGUAACAGUGAUGAUCAUAUCAAGUACAUGCUACCUGAUGAACAACCUUACAGAACUUCUUAUCAUUUUCAGCCCCCACAAUAUUGGAUGAACGAUCCAAAUGCCCCUAUGUACUACAAAGGUGUUUACCACCUUUUCUACCAACAUAAUCCUUAUGCAGCAACAUUUGGUGAUAGGAUUAUAUGGGCUCAUUCAGUAUCCUAUGAUCUCAUAAGUUGGAUUCAUCUAAAUCAUGCUAUUGAGCCAAGUGAGCCUUAUGACAUCAACAGUUGUUGGUCAGGCUCAGCCACUAUACUCCCAGGUGAAAAACCUGCUAUUUUGUACACAGGAAUUGAUAAAAAUAAACAUCAAGUUCAGAACUUAGCUUUUCCAAAGAAUCUAUCAGACCCUUUCUUAAGGGAAUGGGAAAAACAUCCUCAAAACCCUGUCAUGACUUCACCUAGUGGAGUUGAAAAGGAUAAUUUCAGAGACCCUUCAACUGCAUGGCAUGGAAAUGAUGGAAAAUGGAGGGUAAUCAUUGGUGCUCAAAAUGGUGAUGAAGGGAAGACUAUACUCUACCAAAGUGAUGAUUUUCUUAAUUGGACUGUGAAUCCAAACCCUUUUUUUGCAACAGAUGACACUGGAGUUUGUGAAUGUCCUGAGUUUUUUCCUGUUUAUAUAAAUAGCACAAAUGGGGUGGAUACAUCUGUGGAAAAUCAAAGUGUUAGACAUGUUUUGAAGAUAAGCUAUAUAAGGAUACAGCAUGACUACUAUUUUGUUGGUAAAUAUGUUUCUGAGAAGGAAAAGUUUACUCCUGAUGUAGAAUUUAAAGGAACUAGUUCAGAUUUAAGGUUUGACUAUGGUAAAUUUUAUGCCUCAAAGUCAUUUUUUGACUAUGCUAAGAAUAGGAGGAUAUUGUGGGGAUGGGUGAAUGAGUCUGACACUACACAAGAUGACAUUGAGAAAGGAUGGGCUGGUCUACAGACAAUUCCAAGGCAAGUUUGGCUUGAUAAAAGUGGGAAGAGAUUGAUGCAGUGGCCAAUUGAAGAGCUAGAAAAUCUAAGAGACAAACAAAUCAGUAUUACAGAACAGAAACUUGAAAGUGGAUCAACUCUUGAAGUCUUAGGUAUCACUGCAUCACAGGUUGAUGUAGAAGUGUUGUUUGAGCUACCUGAACUAGAAAGUGGUGAGUGGUUAGAUCCAAGUGAAGUUGAUCCUCAACUACUAUGUAGCAAACAAUAUGAAUCAAGAAGUGGCAAAAUAGGACCAUUUGGUUUGUUAGCUUUAGCUUCAAAGGAUCUCACAGAGCAAACUGCAGUGUCUUUUCAAAUAUAUAGAGCUCCCAAUAGAUAUAUAUGUCUAAUGUGCAGUGACCAGAGCAGGUCUUCGUUGCGUCAGGACCUUGAUAAAACCACAUAUGGAACUAUCUUUGACAUAGAUGCCAAUCUCAAAACAAUUUCACUAAGAAGCUUGAUUGACAAGUCCAUUAUUGAGAGUUUUGGUGAUGGAGGGAGAGCUUGCAUAACAAGUAGAGUUUAUCCUUCAUUGGCUAUAGAAAAAGAUGCACAUCUUUAUGUGUUCAACAAUGGAAGCCAGAGUGUGGUUAUCUCAAAACUUAAUGCUUGGAGUAUGAAGCAAGCAGAGUUUAGCCAUGAGGAAAAUAUAAGCUGUGCCUAAGAAAAGAUAUGGAGAUUAAGACUAUUUAUUUAUUUUGAUUUGUGUUUCCAUCUUUAUUAUUGUAUGUAUGUAUUAUGUAAGAGUUUUAAUUUGUAAUAUCAAAAAUCGAGAUUUAAAUCCCAACUGACAUAAUUGUAAAUUGGUUAUUAGUAUCAUUA